UUAAAAAAAUAAUAAAAAAACAUUGGCACAUACUCAAAGAAGAUGAUAUUUUAAAUCCAAUUUUACCUAACCAGCCAAAUAUUGUGUUUAGAGGUGCUCCAAAUUUUAAAUCAAUUCUAACCACUAAUUUUACUCGAGAAUCGCCUGUAAGGGGUUUUUCUUUUUUUCCGCAGACAAAAGGUUUUUAUAAAUGCAAACAAUGUAUAGUGUGUAGAACUACAGAUUUGUCCACUCCACCCAAGGUUACUCAGUUUAUGUCUAAUAGGACUAAAAAAAUGUAUAAUAUCUAUGACUUUAUUGGCUGCAAUACUAAAAAUGUUAUUUAUCUGCUCGAAUGCCCAUGUGGCCUCCAAUAUGUGGGGAUGACCACAAGGUGCUUAAAGACAAGAUUGAGCGAACAUUGCAGAAAUAUUAAAAAUGGAUACUUAAAUCAUACAGUAUCCAAACAUUUUAUUAUGCAUAAUAAAGACCCCAAACUCCUAAAAUGCAUUG